AGAAAAGCGUGAGUGUUCUUGCCGUGUUGUUGCAUUGUUGAGGAACAGGCGUAGAAAAAAAUGUGGAAUUUUGCACAUCAGUGGUGCUUAGAAAUUAUUUGCGAUGUGGUCUAAUGAAUAUUUUUUAUUGUGACGAUACCAACUCCUGCUGGUAAAAAAGAUCAAGAUCAUGCUGACUGGUUCCAGCCCAAGCAUCGACCUCGUAACGCUAGUGAAGGAAGCCCACACGACGACGACGGCGUUCGGAAAUGGUCAAGGCACUUCUGCCGCAGCAACCGCGAGCGAUUACCAUUUUCUCCAAAGGCUGGAAAAAGCCUUGUGGGAAAAGCGGGAACAGCAGCUGGCACUAGUCGAAGAAGAAGACUGCGUCGCGGCGCAAAAUAAAUCCCGUCAUGCCCAUUCUGCCCGCUCGACCCAGUCUGGGACGAGCAGGCAGCAUCCACCUGCUAGUGGAAAUAUUAAAACGCAAGAACACGCUACUUCGUCCUCCACGGUCCGGCAGUUGUCUACUGCUCCCAGCACGUCUACUUCGACCGCGCCGUCCUUCGGUCUCAACCUUCUUAACCCGCUGACCUACAAGCGUUGCUUGGAGCUCUCAUCCUCGAAAGAGCAGACCAACAGCACGAUCUUGGAGAAGAUCGACAACAUAAACCAGGCUGGACGAGGACGAGGAGGACGCGCCACGGACUCCGACUUUGAGGCGGUUGACAAGCUGCAAUCGCUGCACCUGGAGUGGCAACGGUUGCAACCGGUUUUGAGUUUGCCACUGCACCCGUUCCGGAGUCUGAAGAACCUCUACCUGCAGUAUAAUUUUUUGACCGACGGUAUGGGGUUCUCAAACGUUACAUUCUCACCUGUUACAUGAAUUUGUCAUGCAAAAGCACCAUCAUCAUCCUCACGAUCAAGCUGCUUCGCAUGACAAAUUAGCGAAGGGCUACGCCGCACCUAAAUCUGCGCCAAACUUGUAAUGCAAAAGGCGCAAUCUUCCUCCUUUCACUUUUGCCAGUCUUGCGUUACAAAUUCAUGUAACAGCUGAGAAUGUAACAUUUGAGAACUUCAUAGAAUGGGUUUGGGACGAACUCAUCGGGUUAGACCAGUUGGAGCUGCUCGCCUUUAUCAAAUGUAAAAAUGUCUGGGUCUGGAAGAAUUCAUGUCUGUCAUGCUUGUCUGGCAUGACUCUUAAAUUUGUCAUGCACGUCACCCAAGAGCUCCGUGUUUCUGUGAUGCAGAAGCGCAUUUUGUCCUGCAGAAUAGGCAACACCUAGGAGCUCAGAAACUUGUCAUGCUGAGCCAGCAUCUGUAGCCUCAUCAUGAGACGCCACCCAGCAUCACAAGUUUCCAGACCCAGACAUUUUUACAAUCCAUAGCCUUGCAGCACAACCGACUAACGACCGUGAAGGCAAAUUUCCAAUAUUACAAUGAAAAAUGCCCCCACCCCCAAACUUGAAAGCAUUUGUAUUGCAAAUCUUUCCAAAUGAAACAUUCGCCCUCUUGCGUGCAUCAGCAUCACAGAUUUCCGAUCGUGAAUAGCAAAAAUUUGUAUUGCAAAAGAUCCCAGCAAGAGCGGUGCUUGUCAUGCAAGCGAUGCGAAACACGACUAGAAUCUGCAUCAGAAAGGUUCAUACUCCUUUCAUGCAUGACAAAAAGUUUUCAUUUGGAAACUUCGCAUCACAAAUUUUUGCAAUUUCAGGGGUGGGGGGCAUUUUUCACUGUGAUAUCCAAAACGCGGGAUUCGGGGAAACCGGAGGGAAGGCAUUGUUGGUACGCGUUGAUGUAUAACUUUAAUUUAAAAUGAUAAAGAUAAAGGCUCGGCUCGCAGCGUGUCGUGGCCUAGACAGGUGGAGAUGAUCAUGACUCUAUUCCUUUGUUGCCUAAGACUUUGCGAUUUUAACUCGGAUUUUUACUCGUCAGCAAAAAACCGCAGCAGAAACAAAUUAUCCAACAAGGAUCAUUCUCAAAAACUCGAAAUCGUUAUCAGGUUCUCGAUUGCAGCUCAAACCGCAUCACAGAUUGGAACUUCGACACUUUGGCUACACAUUUUCCGCAAAGCUUGUGCAUUCUGAAUGUGGCGGACAACCCAGACAGUAUCUUGUUGAUAGAGGGCCCCCCUUCGCUACACGACAAGCAGGCACCUCCGCCGCGUUCUCACCAGCGCACCUCCACCGAGGCUGCCACGAGCAGCACAUCAAUCACAAGAAGGAAGAAACUACUCCUCGACUACCUCCCAGACCUGGCGGUUUUCAACGGAUCUGAUCUCGAGCGAGACACCGAAGAUCCUGAUGGGGAAAGCAAAUCAGACAAAGGCGAAGAAGGAGGAGUCUCAUCUAAGUUUCUGGACGUCGUCGACACGACCAAAGUAUUAGACGAUUUUCCACCAGCUGCGGACUUCCACAUUUUUGGCGAGCAAGAAGGAACAGAAGAAAACAACACGAAGCCAUCGUCCAACGACAGCCUCGAUCACCACGCGGUGGAAAAGCGGACAUUGUUUGAAGAGAUCAGGAAACAGAUGGAGGCGCUUGAACUCGCUGAGAAGGUCGACGUGCCGGAUGAUGUGCCCGAAAUCAGCUUGACAAGCCAGCAGCGCAGGUUUCUCGCCCGCGUCAGAACGAAGAACGGAGGGUGUCAUGAGGAACAGCAAGACUAUGACUACGGCGGUGAAGAUCAUGUUGAGGAAAAGGGGGAAGAUUAUGAUUGCGGAGCGGGCGAUGUUGACGAGGUAGAACUCGUUGAUGCAGCUCCUGUGCCGUCGUUGCACCAAACAGCAAACGAUGCAAAUCAUAUACCAACAUCUGGUCCGACGAGGACAGCAGCAACCGUAGCAGAAGUUCCACCGCCCGAGGAUUUGGAUUUACGGGCGGACGAGGAGGUUCUGCAAGCUUUGGCUGCGAAACGGACGCUGCUAAGACGGAAACGCAUUUUGGAAAAGGAAAUGCAGAAGGAAAUUGAAGCGUUUGAGCUUGUCGCGCAAAAUAAAACCAACAGCGGUGCUGGUGCUACUUCUAACUCGUUUCUUUUCCGAAGCAGUGGUGCAUCGCCAUCGGCUUCUACCACGAGGCAAAGCCACGACAGCACGUCGACAGAAGCUGGCGUCCCGGGAAGUAGUAGAAAUACAUUCGCUAUUAAUGAAAGAAUGGAAGCAAGAAGGCAGCGGAGAGAGUUGGAAACAUACGAGGCGGAUCUUCCACUGGAAGAGCAGUACCAGAUCUGGAAUACAGCGAGAAAACUGGCGUCCGAAGCGUCGACGUUGGUAGUCCCGCCGGAAGGGGAGGCGGCUUGAGAUGAGUCAUGCGUUUUAUUCAUCUGUUGUAACUUAGACUUUGUUCACACGAGCUCGAGCAUCGACAGAACAACCGCAUGGCGACCGCCUUCCAAAAUUUGCCUCCUCCCAAUGAUGUUGAAUGGGCUAGAAGCGACUACAUCAACUACACCGGCGAUGAAGAAGACCUUUUGCUUUUAAUUAUCUUUCUGCUCUGUUGAGUCGGGCUCGGAUGUUCGCAGUAUAGUUAGCGGCAAGUACUAGCGGAUCUGUCCUAUCAAGCAGAGGCAUUUAAUUAUCCCACGUAGUCUUCAACAAGAGCCUUCGGUUGAACGAUUAUAUCCUGUUUCAUAUUCAU